GUGAGCUACAACUGGAGGGAGUGUACCACGAAAUAUUAUAGACAUUAUAGAAAAUUACCCUUAAAAUCAACACAAAAUGUCAGAAACAAAUGAACUUGCUGCCAAGCUUGCACAUAGAAACAAGCUGAAUGACGAUGAGAGCGCUCCACGAAGGCAAAUUGCAGUGUUCAAUCCCUACAUUGAAUUCAAGGAGUUCUCGCGAAAACAGAUCAAGAAUUUCGAGGGAAUUUUCAAAAAGUAUGACGUGGAUAGAAAUCACUUUCUUGAUCUCAUGGAGAUGAAAUUAAUGAUGGAAAAACUUGGAGCUCCUCAAACACACGUUGGUCUCAAGCAAAUGAUCCAUGAGGUUGAUGAGGAUAAUGAUGGGCAAGUUAGCUUUAGAGAGUUUCUUCUGAUCUUCAGAAAAGCCAAUGCUGGAGAACUUGAAGCCGGCUCAGGUCUAGCAGAACUUGCACGACUUACAGAGGUCGAUGUAGAUGAAGUUGGUGUAGGAGGAGCYGCAAAAUUCUUUGAAGCAAAAGCUAAACAAGCGCAAGCRUCAUCUCUCUAUGAAAUGGAAAUCCGUGAAGAGCAAGAACAGAGGAAGAGAGAGGCUGAAGAAGCCAAGAAGAGAAAAGAACUGUUUAAAGCUAAACAAGCUGCUUUUGGUGUCAGYUAAUUUUAUGUGAAUAGCUUGUUCAAUAAUACUUUUAGUUGGGCAUUUUAUCUUUUUAUACUUCAGUAAUAAUUUUAUAUUUUAUCUCUGAAAAGUUGYGUCUUCAAUUUUAUAUUCUUUUUUUUACAAUCCAUUUUACAGAUGCCUUAAGUUUGUAGCUAUUUUGCUACAUAUAUUUGACGUUAAGAAUGUUGAAGACAGUUUAGUUUUUAAGAAGUUUCAAGCAAUAAUGAUAUUAUCCUUCCAGAUUUCCCAUAGAUUGUAUUUUCAGAUAAUUUCAUUUAGAAAUUACAGGGACAAUAUCUAAUAUUUCAAAAGCAAAGUAAAAUCAGCUUUUUUAAACAAA